GCCUGGGCCCUGGCAGCAGCGGCAGCGCCGAGCGGACCAUGGAGAGCGGGGUGGCGGAGGUAAGGGCGCGGGCCGGGGCUCCGAGCGGCGGACUUGUCGGGGGGCCCUGAGCCGAUACCCAGCCUCGGUGAAGAGAGAGGCCUUCUCUACUCCUCGGAGAUGGAGGCGAAGCGGAAGGAGACGCGCAAGUCGUUGAGGAUCAAAGUCAUCUCCAUGGGCAACGCGGAGGUGGGCAAGAGCUGCAUUAUAAAGCGAUACUGUGAGAAGAGGUUUGUGCCCAAAUACCUUGCAACAAUCGGCAUUGAUUAUGGUGUCACCAAAGUGCAGGUUCGGGACCGAGAAAUCAAAGUGAAUAUUUUUGACAUGGCUGGACACCCCUUCUUCUAUGAGGUGCGCAAUGAGUUUUACAAGGACACCCAGGGCGUAAUCCUAGUGUAUGACGUUGGGCAGAAGGAAUCAUUUGACGCUCUUGACUUGUGGCUCGCUGAGAUGAAGCAGGAACUUGGGCCGCAUGGAAACAUGGAGAACAUUGUCUUUGUGGUUUGUGCCAACAAGAUUGACUGUGCCAAGCUCCGCACCGUGGACGAAAGUGAAGGACGGCUGUGGGCAGAAAGCAGGGGCUUCCUUUAUUUUGAGACCUCAGCUCAGACUGGAGAGGGAGUCAAUGAGAUGUUCCAGACUUUCUACUCUGCCAUUGUUGAUUUGUGUGACAAUGGUGGAAAGCGCCCCGUGUCCAGCAUGAGCAUCAGUUUCACCAAGGAGCAAGCGGACACGAUUCGGAGGAUCCGCAGCAGCAAGGACAGCUGGGACAUGCUGGGUGUCAAGCCAGGGGCCACAAGGGACGAGGUGAACAAGGCCUAUCGGAAGCUGGCAGUGCUCCUCCACCCGGACAAGUGCAUGGCUCCCGGCAGUGAGGACGCCUUCAAAGCUGUGGUCAACGCGCGGACUGCCUUGCUCAAAAACAUCAAGUAGAGCGGGGAGGACGUGGCGCGCAGGUGUUCACAGCCCUCCCGAGAGACCUGCCCCCUCCUCGUGUCCGAAUGAGAGGCGUCAAGGGUUGCCUGCUGCUUCUAGCCAGGCCAGCAGGAGCACGUCCCAGAGAAACCGCUGCUGCUGCCAUAAGCUCGCCGUGACGGCCCUCUGCGACGGCUUUCCACAUCCGCCUGAAUGCCUCAGCAGCUGUAAUGCCCUCUCCUUCCCCUGCAGGGAAGUUGGCCUUGGAUUGAGUUGACUCUAAAAUAUGUUACUUCCAUGUGGACGGA